AGCUCUGCUUGUUGAGUUAGUCUGCUAAGAUGGUGACAGAGCUGAAAGGCCGCAUACUUGUAUAUAGCAUCAAUGGAUGUGUACACUGCAUUCAAGCCAAACGACUUUUGGAAAAGUUUCAACUACCUCACGUCACCGUCAACGUGGACGUUCACACCCAGUGUAAAGACUGGAUGCUUGCUAAUCUUAAAAAGAAAAGUGUCCCGCAGAUAUUUUUCAACGAUGUGCAUGUCGGCAACUACAAUGACCUGAAAGCGCUUAUGUCAGAUGAUAAACGGCGUGCAGAACUAACUGAACUUGUCAAAAACAACCCUUUAUCAGAAACAGCGCUCGAGAUUCCGUGCCCAGAAACUGAAUUGGAUAAUUUUAUUACGUGUGAGACGGAUGAAUAUGUCGAUUUGGUGAAUGACUUGAAAAAAAGUGGCAUAAUCGCGUAUCGUUGGAGCGGUCUAUGUAAGUUUAAAAAGCUGUUUAGUGAGAAAGAGUUUGUUGACUGGGUAACGAAAACGAAAAAUACUGACUAUCAGGAAGCUGUGAGAUUGUGUAAAGCCUUACUAAGUCAUCAUUUUUGUCGUGAAGUCUCCAAUGCAGGAUGGCUUAACCGUGGCGAUACAUAUUAUAUGCUACUCGAAGAUCUAUCCAGCUCGGCAUUGAAUGCGAAACCCAUUUCAUUUUGUAAACCAACAACUCUAGACAAACUGGGGAAAAGAUUACGUUUCCAAAUAUCUGCUAUAUAUGACUCUUACCUCUCUGCGAACGGCAAAGCUGUCGAUUACAAAAGUAUUGAAGACAGCAACGAAUUCAAACAAUAUGAAAAAUUGACUCUUCAACUACAGCGAGUACAGUUCGGAUAUGAAAGUGACGAUCAGAAACUUGCCUUUUUUAUCAACAUAUACAAUGCCUUAGUGAUUCACGGGAUUAUUCGUUUUGGACCCCCAACUAACAUUGUGAAACGCUACAAUUUCUUCAAUAAGACCCGUUACAUAAUCGGUGGUUAUUCAUACUCACUUGGGGAAAUAGAAAACGGUGUGCUUAGAGCUAAUGAAACUGGAAUGGGUAUGAUAACGAAACCUUUCCAAAAGACUGAUCCUCGCCUUCGGGUAGCUAUGCCCGAAGUAAACCCUUUCAUUCAUUUUGCACUUGUGUGCGGAGCUAGCGGCUGUCCUCCUAUUUCCAUUUACUCGGCCGAAGAAGUUCAUGUUCAACUUCAACAGGCUGCAGAUGUGUUUUUAGAAAGUGACGAAAAUUUUGUUGUUGAUGCUGAAAAGAAACAGGUGAAGUUGUCUCUGAUAUUUAAGUGGUACAGGAAAGAUUUUAGCAAUACCGAUAAGGGGUUACUUGAAUGGAUUUUCAGUGUGUUGAAAAAAGGAGAGAAAAAAUCUAACUUGAGGAAAAUAAUUAACGACGGUAAAGUAACUAUAGUGUAUCUGCCAUACAACUGGUCCCUUAAUUCAUAGCCGACACUUCACUGAACACUGGUUUACUUUAAGCCUCCCUACAUAGGAAAAUAAUUCUUUUAUUGCUUUAAUAAAUGGGAGUUUUAAUGUCAUCUGUCUUAAAGAAAAGUUACAACUAACGAAGGAAAACCACUGGAUUACAAAUGCUGAGAUGUACACUCUUGCCAAAGGAUACAUAAAUUGGAUUUUGUGAAAGCUUGCCAGUAUAUUUAAAUCUUAACUAUGAGUCUGUGCAGGGCACGGCUGUUUGUU